UGCCUACUAACUCUACAUGACUGUUAAUACACUAAAAAGCUCAGAAUUGAUGCUCUCAGGGAUAAAAAUGUUAGAAUAUGAGGUAAAUGUUGGACGUUUGGAGCCACAGUAAAAUAAUCUGACUACAAAUACACAGAAAAAUGGUAAUAUACCUUAUUUAUCAAACAUGUUAUGCUCAUUACAUCAGUCAUUUCAUGAGUUAGGGGUUAAUUAUUUUUUUUACCAUAAGCCACAUGGUCUAAGGAGGAGAGAUCUCAUGCCCACUCACUGUAACAUUCAUGCGCUGUUUAAAAGUCUGACUGAGGAUUAAUGGCUGGGCUCGUCAUACUCUCCUCAUGUGAUGGUUAACAUGAGGGGUGAGAUUACGUAUUUACCCCACCGGCUCUCAGAUAUGAGGGUUGUGGCCGGGAGAGAUUUACGCUAUAUUAUCUUGUAAUUAGAAAUAAUAAAUUGAACCAGAGACAUUUACAAGCUCAUUGAUUGCACCACAGACAGCAAAGUAGGUGAAGUAAUAAACUGGUCGGCAGAGACGUCCACCACAAUGUCCCCAUCGGUCUGCUGACACCGACAGCUUCCCCUUGACACUGAGCAGAGGGAGGGCAGCUGGAAGCUAGCCAGCUAGCAUGCAGCACUGGCCCGGUGUUUCCAGGAGGCGGCGCUGCUGAGAGGCGAGUGGUCGGUGCUGAGUGUGUGUCUGCCGAGCCGGCCAUGGACGACUUCACCACCAGGACGUACGGCACCAGCGGCCUGGACAACAGACCUCUGUUCGGGGAGACCUCGGCACGGGAUCGAAUCAUCAACCUGGCAGUGGGGGGAGUCACAUCUUUGGUUGUUCUAGUGACUGUUAUCAGUUCCUUUGUGUUCCCCUCGGUGCCUCCACGACCGCUUAAUGUCUUCUUUGCCGUGUGCAUCCUGUUAGUCUGUGGAUCCACUAUAGUGCUGAUAUUCUGGUACCGGCAGGGCGAUCUGGAGCCUAAAUUCAGGAAACUAAUCUACUACAUGCUGGUGUCCAUCGUGCUGCUGUGUCUAUGUGCCAACCUCUACUUCCACGACGUCAGGUAAAAGGCAGGGACGAGGAAGAGGAGGAAGAAGAAGGGAAGACAUGGCCUUGACACGCGGAAGGACUACGUGGAGAGACAGACGGACCAACACACAACAACAACAACUACAACAACAACAACAACAAAAAAACUCAUCACACACUUGAAUGAAUCUCCCACCUGACCUGAAGCAAACUGAAGACUCUCGGACCAAAACCAGUGAAUCUAAAUGGUUCCAGUCAGACUUUUUUUUUUGGUGCCGAAACAUAAUGCACUGAACACACACACACACACACACACACACACACACACACACACACACACACACACACACGUCACAGUGUAUAAAUCAUGAUGUACUGUUAGAGGCCAUAAAUCUGCCUGGAGACACACAGCUGGAGGAGGGACUUUGAGUUGAAACCGGUGUGUUUACAUGCACAUACACUCACAACAACAAGCACUUAUGAGAGAAUAUAAUGGGUUUAAUAAGAGCGGGAUACGAUGACGCAACAGUUAAAGGAAAAAAUCUGCCCUUUGAUCCCGUCGCUGUAGGUCCCAUUCGUCUGCGUAAUGUCUCCUUACGUGUUUUUCUUCGCCCUCGAGUUGCUGAUUAGCUGUAUUUAUAUCUACUGUCAGAAAAAUAAAGGGGCUAAAUGUUGCUUUCAGGCAUUGCGGGGGGGGGGGGGGCACAGUGUUAAAUUAUAUAAACCUCUUAAUCAUGCCGCAUAAUCGAGAGCUGUGUCUGGUUUCGAGCGACGCCUCCAUCAAAGACCAAGACCAAAUUUAACGGCGCAUUCAGAGUGAGACCACAUCACCACGUUGGGUUACAGGAACCGGGUCAACGGAGGAGACGCUGCAGGGAGUAAAUAAUGGAAGAUAGAAGAUAUGAAACGUCCCAAUUCUGUACUACAUACAAAUACCGCAGAGUGUUUACUGCUGUCAGAGUUUACAGUCUUUCAGUUGGUGUACGAGAAUGUAAUUCACCGUCCUGCACCCGAAGGAUUUGAUGCAAUACGUGCGCUCGUCAACGUCAGUCAAACUUAAUGUUUUUCCAAAGAUUUCAUACUUUUUUAGGGGGAGGAGGGCUUUCAAAAUCUUUACUGGUGCUGUCAUCCUCACUGUCUGUAAUUUAAAUGUUUACACCUGUGAGCAGCGCCUCCAGUUCCUCUGUGCAUUGCAUUGUGGGCAAUAAUGUACAUCAACAGCACACUCAAAAGUCAAGGGGCUUUUUGUAUAAUUAAUGCAGUUAAUGUAGUAUGAAAUUGGGACGCUCGAAACAGCAGUCUGCUCCACAACUGAAGAUGUUUACAACAUAAAACUGAAGAUUCAUUGAUUGUCAAAAUAGUUGCAGAUCAGUUUUCUGUCAGUCGGCUAAUAAUAAUAUCAACUAAUAAUUGUAGUUCUGAAACUAAUUCUGACUGAAAAACAGGGAGUCUUAAAAAGUUUAAAAUGGCUUUUUAAGGCCUUAAAAUGUCUUAAAUAUCAUUUUGACAGACCUUUGAUUGGCAAUUGAUCAAAUUGAAUUGAAGUUAUUUGUAUUAAAAUGAGCGUUUUUGGAAAAUAAUUCUGUUGAUUGAGCUGUAACGAAUACAAAUUGACACACAGAACCAAAUACAGUAUUUUCCUUCGUAUCCUUUCUACUUUCUUUCCCAUAUAGACAUAAAAUGGGUCUUAAACUGAACCCGUUGAAACCUGCAGAAACUCUGAAACCUUAUAAAAAUCAGGUUUCAGGCUGAAGUCGAGCUUCUUGGUGAUAAACCCAAAACAUCUUUUGGCUUUAUGUUGACAAAGACCACCUGAAUGCACCGUUAGAUUUGCUCCCAGUGCCCACGUAAGCCUUCAGUCCUUUUGUUCUGUAUGUGUUUGUUGGACCUGUCACUUUAAAUCCGACUCACUUCAUAACUGACAAUUUGUUUUUAUUCCCUGCCGUCAAACUGAAUUUGUAGCUGCUAGUCGAUAUUCACAUGGAAACACUCGCUGCGAUUGUUGUUUUUAACAGAUUUUAACAGGGCGGAUUUUUCCUUUAACCCGGGUGGAGAUUAUGAGCAUGUAAACACAGCAGAGUGGAGCUGAAAGGGAAGGGGGGCGGUGAUGGACCCUCCUCUUCAGUAAUGUAGGCUGUAGUACAAACUAACUAACACAGCAAUAGCACAAGCAGCUUCAGGGGUUCUGUGGGCGAAUAUAUGCAACAGUUUGUAUGUUUUUUUCCUCUGCUUCUUUUUUUCUGCUCUCUCAGCUUAUCUGAUUAUCACGGUUGGAUUUAAUUAAUUCUCCAAAAUCCAAGUCUUGCUAAGAGGAUUUUUUUUUUUUUAUUAGAAACUCGUUUAAAUACACUGACCAACUGCCAAUUCUUGCAAGUAUUGGUUGAUUUACACUUUUGUCUAAGCCAUACACACACACACACACACACACACACACACACACACACACACACACACAAAAUCAAAAUCAGGCCAGCUGUAGUGGCCAAUGAAAAUGAAUGGGGAACAAAUACUGCUUUACACUGAGGCUGCACAACACAACAGAUCUUUACAUGUUUCUAUAUCACAUUGACGCGUCUGCCAUUGAACGUUUUGCACUAAUUAUUCUGCCAUUUAUAAAUCCGAGCUGGGCUUUCCUGGCGUCUGUAGCACAAAGUAGCUUUAAAGUUGUGUUUCUCUGUUAUGUUUUUCCAUCAAUAAUCAUGAAAACACUCGGUAUUGUAGGUCUGUUUAGCUGAGCACAUUCACUGUGUGAAAUCAGGUUUGGUUUGGAUGUUGCAGGUUAGAAAAACCCUGUGGUUUACAGACUGUCUUUGCUUUAGUUACCCUCAACAUGCAAGUAAAGAAAGAAAAUGGAAAGUUUGACUGUUUCCAAAUGACUUUUUAAGCUGGAAUUGAGCAAUUAUUGAUUAUUUUCUUGAUUGUUUGCUUAAGAAAUGUUAGAAAUAGUUUUUAAAAAAGCCUCUAAGCUUAUCAAAUUGUUGGUUUUGUCGUACCAAAAGUCCUGAAUCUCUAUUAGAGAAGACAAAGAAACCAGAGGAGUAUACUUGCUCAUUAGAUUAACCAUUUAAUCUUCUGCCAAUUGACUAAUCGAUUACUCAUUUCAGCUCUAUGACCAAGAAUAAAUCAAGAAGCAGAGCUGCAACAAAGAGAGACAGAUUCCUCCCGUCUUAGAGACCCUGUAGGUUCACAUCUUCUGCCAAAGUCUAAUUCUGGCGUCAGGUUUGGACACAAAAUCCAACUGAACUCAUCAAAGUUUCAUCAUCUUAUUGUCAACAAAUCCCACGAACCAACAGCGGUAUCGUUCAUCUAUCGAUACUUUCUCACUUCCUGUCACUGGUUCCUACUCGAGACAUGAAUCUCUUUAUAAAGGAGUGAACAGAGCACUUAUUGGGGACUACAAUCAGUGGUGGGUUAAUCCACAUUUGGUGCUCUAGUGCACCAGAUUCCCACAUACCUGAAAUAAUUAUACUGCAAGUUUAAUAAAAAUAUAUAUAAAUGUAAGUUUGAUAAAUCACGUUUUAUAUUCAAUAUUGUUCUUUUCAGUGCAGUCGUUAGCUGCUGUAACACCUCUGGACAACCUCUGGAUUAGACAAAGAUCCUCAGUGAAGCUCACGUUUCUCACUAAGUUAGUGUUAUUGCAUCGCGACAAAAAUGGGUUUAAUUGAGUGUUUUUCUUUUCUGAUGCAGCGCUGUAUUGUACCUCUUUAUUUUAACCACUGCUCCAGUGAGUAUCGGCUGCUUGCACUGCAGACAUUUUGGCGUGCCACAACAGGAAACGCACAGAUGUAUUAAUGAGGGCUGUCUUCCACUAAGAGGGCAAAUGAGCCAUCGUUACUGUUAUUAAGGCAAGAUGUCUGCUGUGCAACCAGUCCACUUAAGGGGGGAGGGGGGGCAGCAGGAUGGUGUGUGUGUGUGUGGGUUUGAGUCCAAAUAAACUACAGUGUGUGUGUUUGUAAUGAAGGAAAGUGUCACCUUGGACAACAAUGGAGCUCUCUGGCACAGAGGAGGAAGCUUAAUAAGGGAAAAAGGAUAUGUUUAUUCUUUUUCUGGGAUUUGUUGACAGUAAGAAAUGUCCUGUAACCUUGUCUCAUCCUUUUUUUUGACAUCCUUUAAUAACAGCUCUGUGUGGCGUCGCCUGAUUUCUGGGUGCUGUAGCUUCACAUUUAACUUCGCCGCUGACGUCUGAAGUUGCUUUUGUUUUCCUUUGUUUGAAAGCUUUUGUUGUAACCUGUAAGUGACAUAUAACUGACAACACAGUGACAAAAGAGUGUAGUGCUAAAGAAACCUGAGGGGUUCAAACAAGCCCCGCCUUCCACAAGAGGAGUCGACCUCGCCACGACUUUAGGAUUGUCAAAGCCAUUUGUUUUUUUUUAUUUAUUUCAUUUAUUUUAUGGAAUAAAUAAUUGUGUACCCUGA